AUAGCGAAGCAAGGGGAAGCGGCGGCUGCUGCUGCUGCUGCUGCUGCUGCUGACAGCGCAGCACUUGUAGGUCGUUCCCUGAGAACUGGGGGGUGGCGGCUCGUGCCAAUUUUUUCCCCCUUGCAGGUACAGCUCGUGAUCAAUCUCGGAUUUAGGAUUAACUCGCUUGUUGAGAGAUGAUCUUGGCUGGAUUAUUUAAAGACACUUAAAAGCAGUGUUCCCCAGUGCUGAAGGACAGCCUGAGCAAUGGAGCCUCGGAUGCCUCACAACAUUACCGUGGUUCCCAAUUCCACCCUGGUACAGCCUGUCCUGGACAGCCGUAUCCCAUAUGGCAGGCUGCAGCAUCCUCUGACGAUCCUGCCGAUUGACCAAAUGAAGACCACGCACAUUGAGAACGACUACAUUGACAAUCCCACUUUGGCCCAGCUGGCUGCUCAGAAGCAUCCCCGGGGCCACCACGAACCCCCCCUCCACCCCCAGCGAUGCGAGCCAGACAUCACCCACCCAUGGAUCUCCUUCAGCGGGCGGCCCAGCUCCAUCAGCAGCAGCAGCAGCACGUCUUCCGAUCAGAGGCUUUUGGAUCACAUGGCCCCGGCCCCGGUGGCAGACCAGUCCUCCCCUAGGGCGGUCCGGAUACAGCCCAAGGCGAUCAAUUGCAAGCCCCUGGAUCUGAAGGGGCCGACCUCUCAGGAGCUGGACAAGCACUUCUUGCUGUGUGAAGCCUGUGGAAAAUGCAAGUGCAAGGAGUGUGCCCUGCCGAGGACUCUGCCGUCCUGUUGGCUCUGCAAUCAGGAGUGCCUGUGCUCGGCUCAGAACCUGGUCAAUUACUCCACCUGCAUGUGCCUGGUGAAGGGCGUCUUCUACCACUGCACCAACGAGGACGACGAGGGCUCCUGCGCCGACCAUCCCUGCUCCUGCUCCCAUUCGAACUGCUGCGCCCGGUGGUCUUUCAUGAGCGCCCUCUCUCUGGUCCUGCCGUGUCUGCUGUGCUACCUGCCGGCUACCGGCUGCGUGAAGCUGUCACAGCGCUGCUACGACCAUGUGAGUCGGCCUGGAUGUCGGUGUAAAAAUACGAACAGCGUGAUCUGUAAAGCCUCCCUGGAAGGGAAAGCUGGCAGCAGACCAGAGAAGCCAUUUUGAUCUCUGGCGAGAGGAGGGCGGGCGGGCAGGCGGG